AUAGAGGAGGUUUAAAAAUAUACUACUCUUCAGGAACGCAGAUGAAGCCAAAUGUUGUUUCAAGGUUUCCCCAGUAGGAAGUUGUUGUUAUUGUUCCUCGAUCAGUACUAACCGAACAGUCGGCAGUGUAUCGCGCAGACGAGAAGAGUAACAAGUAGAGCGUGUUAUAUAGAUAUAUCAUAUACUAGAAGACGGAGGGACAUUGAAGAGGGCGUACAUGUCAUGAUGCCGUACAUGUCAUGAUGCCGUACAUUACAUGAUGCCGUACAUUACAUGAUGCCGUACAACGUUCAUAUCAAAUUUUGAAUGGUUUCAGAUCUAAUUUUAAUCUUGAAAAGAUUGUACAGUCAUGGACAGAUUGGAACGUCAUGAUAAACCUACACGGCAUUUAAAAGAGUUUGAGGAAUUUGGUCACAGCCAGGAGGAGGCUAGGAGAUCAGAUCACAUCCAGGAGGCUUUAGGAUCAGAGCUCCACUUGGGCUCUUCGCUAAUGUGGCAAAGCAGAGAGUCAUCAAGAAGUCAGAAACCGGAAGAGCCAACUAUUGACUCAAUGGAGUUAGAAAACAACGCAGAGAAUUUCUUGGAGCUAGCUACAGAGCUAUCUAAAGGUCGAACUCAUUCUCACAGUGUAGAAUCUAUCCUGGGCUUUGAUGACAGAACCCGUUGCGCAGUUUGCCAUCAACCUAUGCCAAAGAGAAGGUUUCACUAUGGAGGGUUCUCUUGCUACUCAUGUAGAGCGUUUUUCCGCCGUAGAGUACAGUUGGCUAGUGGUACAAACAAACUCUGCAGUGCUGGUGGUCAAUGUGAUGUAGAAGAGUGGAGAAGGAAGAAUUGCAUUCCAUGCAGAUAUGCUGCUUGUUUACUUUCUGGCAUGAGGCCUGAGCUGGUUCUUAAUGAAGAUAAAAAGAAAAAACGAUUUUGGAAGAAAAUAGCUAAGGACGAAGAACUGAAGAACAACGGAAGCCCUGUGGUCCAAACCUCUCGACAUUCUGCAUCUGAGAAAAAGCGGCAAGCCGAGGAGAAAUCUAAAAUUAAGUAUCUAAAAAAAUAUUACAAGGCCAAAUCGUUGUCUGAGGCCAAUGCUGAUCAAAGCUCAUCAGGGUUCUCGGGAAUUGAGAGGAAACCCGACGUUAAGAAUCUCAGGCCACUCUUUAUGGAGCCUCCGAGCUUGGAGCCCAUUCCAGCUUUUUCUAAAUCCACAAACCCAUUUCAAUUCAGAGAAUCUGCUUUACACCCUGGUGUAUCCCAAAGUUCAAGAGGGGUUGAGAAUGGUCCACCCCAAAUAGGUCAAGAUACCCUUUCUUUCCCUGGACUUUUACACCUCAAUGACGGGGAUAAGCUGUCUUUCUACAACUCCAGAAAAAUGCUGCAAACUCUUCAUCAAGAGGCAAAGUCAGCCAUAUAUAAUCGGAUACCUGGUUUUGAAUCUAGGGCUCACAAACCACAUAAUGCCACAAGUCUGUAUCUUGGUGGAAAACAGGACGCAGGAUAUGUUGGUAGAGUUGGGAUAGAGGCAGAGGAUCGUUUCAACAUCAACAUCAUUCCAACUUCAACCUUACCGGAGGUUAAAAUGUACAAAAUGAAACAAGAACCUGGAAUACCUUCUCUCAAACCCAUCUACCCAAUCCAUAACCUUCUCCCACCACUUCAACCCAUUCCGAGCUCAGUUCCCUUCAGAGAUGCCUUUCUUCACCAGCCCCUGUUCGGACCCUUCCCUCCUAUGUACAGUAUUUCUGGAGAUAGACAGAAGAGUUUCUCUGAUCUUGUACAGCGGAUCUCCCAGUUUGGAACAAGUGUUGAGUAUGGGAAUGUAGAGACAGGUCUGAAAAAGCUUGAAACUUAUGAGAACGCAUUUAAUUAUGCUCCAGCACCCUCCUUAGAACUAGGAUCUGCUGAAGAAAACCUCCCUAUUCCCCCCUUAGCUGGGAUAAAGAGCGAAGAACCAUUGGAUUUAUCCACAACAGACUGCUACUCAGAAUUCUACCUGGAGCACUGUAAUGAUCUCACGAAGCCGAGCUCCAUGGAGGGGAAUCAUGUCUCAGUUAUACGUUUUUCAGGCAGAAAUAAUUUCGCCUAAACAACAGUUUGGUCCCCCCCCCCUCCAUCUUUCAUCUCACACAUGUCAUAUCACUCAACUUUCAGUGUAUGCAUUCAGGGUUGUAUUCAAAAAAUUUUCAAAAUUUUUUUUCUUUCAAUGGGGGUUGGGGACUUAGCACCCUUUGGGACCUGAAAACCCCCUGAAAACUAUAGAUUUCAUUUGUCAUGGAGUGCUAAGCCCCAAUAGCCACCCCCUCCCUAAACACGCCUCUGUUUGCAUUUAUGUACAAAUCAACAUUGCACAUGUGUAUUGUGUGCAUGUGACAUUUAACAUUUGGGAUAAAGCUAUGAGAGAGUAUAAAAUACACAAUUGUCAUUCCCAUGAAGGUUACCUGCUAUCUCAUGUAAAAUUUAAACCAUAUCAAUUUAUGAAGAUUAUUCAAGUCCUUCAAUGUGAAUGUGUUUGAUGUUAUCUAACCUGUUCAUUAGCUUUAAGAUUUAAGCUAACACUGCAGAUAAAAAAAUUCAAUGAAUGAGUUUUGUUUUCCUGUAAAAAGUGUCUUCAAAUUUUUUUUGUUCGAAAACGAGGAAAAAACAUUAAAACAUAGAUGUCAAAUAUUUACUUAAUUAUAUAUAUAAAACUGAUCUCAUAUUGAAACUCACCAAAUUUAGAUAUUGUAAUUUAUAAUGUUGAUAAUAAAGUUUUAAAAAGUCGA